GUUUACUGGACCCACUCUGCAUCAACACCAAUUCCUCUACCCCACAACCAGCUGCAGUCUGGCCUUCAACUUGAAUCGUGUGAGACAUUCGGACACAAUGUUCCGCAAAAGCCACCGGGAGUCAACGACCCCUAUGGACUUUGAGUAUGACAACAAAUACGGCCCAGUCGACCAGCAGUCACCUUUUCUGACGUCCAUCGCCAACUCGCCCGCCAGAAGACGUGAGCUUGAUCCUACUGCGCCCAGUCCUUUCAUAGGGCAGAGGACAUCUCAGCUAAGUCAAGGGCCGCGCUUCGGCCAGCCAGGUCCCCAGUCGCAGUCCGAUUCACCCAACAAGAGCGCUUUCGCGACGCCGAGCCGCGUACGCCAGGCGGCCUCCAACUUCCCCCAAAGCGGCGCGAGGCCCCUUCCUUCGAUCCCACAACAUGUAAACAGCACGUGGACACCGCGCACGCCAGUCGCCGACUACGACUUCAGCUCCGGCGGCGAGACACCGAACACUCCGGCGCAAGAGAGCGAGCAGGCAACACCGGACACACAGAUAGCGAGCAAGAUGCAGCUGCUGAUGGACAGUCCUAGCCCAAAGAAGGCGGGCAGGCGACAAAGUAUCUUGAAAAUGGUCAGGGGUUGGAGCAGUCCAAGUCCCUCGAAGGAGUCGUCGCUGAAGGACAUGGAGAAGGAGCUCUCGCGCAAGCACUAUAACGAGAAGCUGGAAAAUAGAGUCGUGAAGCGCCGCUCAACGCGCGAACGCUCGGAUCGUUCGAAGAAGAAGCGGAUGACAGUUCGCGACGAGGAUGACUCUGACAACGAGCCGGUGCAAGCGCAGAAGAACGCACCGGCGGAGCCGGUAAAGGUGCAACAGACCUACAGCGCCAGCAUUGCAGGCUUCUUCCACUGGAUUGAGGCGCACCCUAGGUUGCCAACGGUACUAGCCUACUAUCUGCAGUUCGCGGUCAACGCCUUCUUCCUUAUCCUGUUCAUGUGGGUGGUGUACAUCAUGUUGAAUGCCGUCUUUGCGGAUAUCAACAUUGAGUCGGACAAGCACCACUCUGAGAUCAUGGUCGAGAUCGCGCAGUGCGCGAAGAACUACCGUGAGAAUCGGUGCGAGCCAGAUACACGUGUUCCUGCUAUGGAGAUGGCCUGUGGCAACUGGGAGACGUGCAUGAGCCGCGACCCACAAAAGCUCGCGCGUGCCAGCGUCACCGUCAAGGCAUGCGCACGUAUCAUCAACAGCUUCUUUGAGGAGUUCAGCUACAAGUCUAUGAUCUUCCUCACCAUCAUCAUCUUCGGUGGCUUCAAUGUUUCAAACUGGGCGUUCGGUCUAUUCCGCCAACAGCACGCCCAGCCUCAACCACGGUACACCGAUUUUGUUCCACCGCAAACGCCUCACCGCAUCAAUUCAAGCAGCUAUAUCGAGAACGGGCAGCAUGUGUGGCAGACACCGUAUCAGACGCCGUACGAAGGGCGAGGUUUUAUACAACAACAACAACAACAACCGCCGAUGCUGCAGCAUACGCAGAGUACGCCGGCGUUGCCGAGCUAUGCACAACAGGGCGCGGUCGAGGAAAUGAAGACGCCUAGUCGGAGACGGGGCCCCCGGUAGCCCUGAUAGUUUAUCGAUUUCUCGAUUUGUAGGCUUUGGAUACUGCCGCGAUUGCACAACUGGCGUUCUGAUUCUCUCCUAUCUACGGUCAAUUUUCUUGUCUCUUUCUCUAGGGAUUUGGGUUAGGCGAAAGGGUUGGAACACGGUCACGGACGCACACUUCUCUUUUGUAUACUUUCUGUGGCUACUUCUGCCCACCAAUUCAGCGCCGUCGUUGCAUAGCAUAACGCCGCGGGUGGUUGGUUGGACCCCCGCAAUCCAAUCUCGCGGUCGUCAGUCACGUAUUGCGCAGUGUCGAUAUAUAUGCAUGUUGCAGCACAAGUUCCCAUGUAGCUACCGUCCACCCUCAUGAAAAUUACAAAAGCUGCAGGCGCUCCGCAGCAUGUAGCUGGUAGCUUUGUGGACCGAGUCUGAAGAC